AUGCUAACGGGGGAAAAGGCCAAGGGGAAGAAGGUGGCCUUGGUGUCCACAGUGGUAAAAAAGCAGGAGGCCAAGGAGGCGGUGCCACCCACCAUUAACCAGUUUACCCACGCUUUGGACCGCCAGACGGCUACUCAGCUGCUGAAGCUGGCCCACAGAUACCGACCAGAGACCAAGAAGGAGAAGAAGCAGAGGCUGCUGGCCCGAGCUGAGAAGAAGGCUGCUGGCAAAGGAGACACGCCCACUAAGAGACCGCCUGUCCUCCGUGACAGGGUGAAUACAAUCACCACCCUGGUGGAGAACAAGAAGGCCCAUCUGGUGGUGAUCGCACACGAUGCAGACCCCAUAGAGCUGGUGUUCUUCCUGCAGUCUCUAUGUGGUAAGACGGGCGUUCCCUACUGCAUCAUCAAGGGCAAGGGAGGCAACGUCCUGGGGCCCAAGGAAGUGGCCCUCAUCGCCAAGCUGGAGAAGGCCAAGGCCAAAGAACUUGCCAACGAACUGGGCUGA